UCCAAGAAUCAUUAGUAAAGAAAAUCCUGCUCCAACUACUCCACCAAUGCUUCGUUCCAAUACGGAAUAAAGGGAUCUCUUUCCAUCCCCUUUCAUAGUCUACAAAUUUUUUUUGUUUUCACAGAAGAAGAUUGCCAAAACAUGAUAUUAGAUCCCAAGAACCUUAGCACCUUUCCAAUUUCUUCACUAUUUUCACUACGGUUAUAUACAUCUAUUAUUUUGCCUCCCAACAACGCCUGCGGCGAAUCCGAUGACCCUUCCACCUGCCUUCUUACUGCUUUCUCGGCAGCUUCCCCAAAUACGAGAGCGAGGGCCGUUUCACUUUCUGCUUUCUCAGCUAUUAAAAGCAGCUUUUCUCGCUUUGGCGUUUUUCGCGUCCGGUAAUACCAUAUGUUCUCCUCCGGCUGUGACUGACUAUUUGAAGACUUACUCUGGGAUCGAAGUUGCACAUAUUCUUGAUUCGAUCGCCUAUAAGUAGCACAAAGUCAUGGCUUUUUCUGCGUUUACUCAGAAUUUUCAGACUGUUGUGUUCCUCAAGCUGGAUGAAGCUUCCGCGCGAUUUCAUUGCUAUCCGUUGUUUCAUUGCUUUAAAAGAGGUGAUUUGGACGGCAAGCUGAGUGUUCUAGGGUGUCCAGAGCUUGCAGGGCAAGAGGAGUGUGAUGGGUCUUCUGCUCCAGAAGCAAAGCGACCUCGCCUCCUGAUUGCGGCAAUGAGAGAGGUCAUGGGAGCACAGUUUAUGCAGAGCCACUUGUCAAAGCUUGAAUCUUUUCUCCGUCGUGUGGUGCAAGAGGAGGUGCAAAAUGCAUUCAAUCAUCAUGUACACUCAGUUCCCAGUAGAAUACCGCCUGCAACUCCGAGCCACUCCACUGUUAGCAAACAAUAUCAGCUUCACUUCAAUAAUACUUUACCUCAUACAAUUUACACGGGCAGUAGAAUAGAAGCUGAAGGUGGAGUUCCUGUUCAGGUUCUGAUUAUAGAUAGUGGUUCAAAAUUGAUCGUCACUUCUGGUCCUUUGGCUUCAGCCAAAAUUGAGAUUCUUGCUUUAGAUGGUGACUUUGGUGAUGAGGAUGAAUGGUCCGAGAAGCAUUUUGUUGAUAAUAUAGUGCGUGAACGAGAUGGAAAAAGGCCACUGCUAACUGGAGAGCUGACAAUUACCCUGAACCAAGGAGUCGGAUGUGUUAAUGAUGCUUCUUUUACUGAUAAUUCCAGCUGGAUAAGAAGUCGAAAAUUCAGAUUAGGAGCACGAGCUUGUCCAAGUAAAUUGAUGGAAGGAAGAAUUCAAGAGGCAAAAAGUGAAGCCUUUUUAGUGAAGGAUCACCGUGGAGAAUCAUACAAAAAACACCAUCCUCCAUCACUGAACGAUGAAGUGUGGCGUUUGGAAAAGAUCGGAAAAGAUGGUGCUUUCCACAAGAGGCUUGCUGACAAGGAGAUAUAUACUGUUCAAGACUUCUUAAGGAAUUUAGUUAUGGACCAAUCAAAGCUCCGCAGUCUGCUGGGUAACGGAAUGUCCAACAAGAUAUGGGAAGCUACUGUUGAGCAUGCAAGAGAGUGUGUUCCAGAUGAUAAGCUGUAUUCAUAUUGCAGAGGACAAGGAGUUAUUCUCAUCUUCAACUCUAUAUAUCAGCUUAUUGGUGCAAACAUUGACCACAUAUAUCAUUCCUUGAAUGAACUGUCUGCAUCACAGAAGAUUAUAGUGAACAAGUUGAAAGAACUUGCUUACAGGAAUAAAAAUGACAUAGCACCGGUUCAUACGUUUACAAAGCCCAUGCCUCCAAUAGAUAUUGCCCUAGACCCUGUUGCCUCAAGCUGUUCUGAACCUCAGAUUCCAGAUAUCCCUGGGACAGUUCAAGACGAGCUAAAUGUGCAUCAGCUUAGUAUGCUUCAACAAUCUCAGCCUCAUGUCCCAUGCAGUGGACUUUUAGAAGAUCUCACUCAACUGAAAGACAUUUUUGGCACACAAAGAUUUGGCUCCUUCAACAGUUACAGUUUCAUUGAAAGAGAAUUUUUUGACCAUUUCCAUGAAGGUCAAGCAAGCGCUAUCAUGACUAGUGAGCAGCAAUAUGGUGGAUACAAUUCUGAUUUUGAACUGAUGACCCCCUCUUUGAUGCCUGCAAUGUGGGACCAUGGCAAAGCGCCGUGUGGGACAACCGAUAGCUCAUUAGGCUUUGGUCAUGUUCCUGCGAUGUCACAUAUGGAUACGAGUGCUCGUAUGGGAUCUAGCCGGUGGGUUAAAUUGAUCGCGGCACUGAAAUGGUGGUUCGUACUGCGCCAAUUGGCUUCAAGAAAGGAGGUGGAGGCUACCAAGAUGCCUAGGAUUACAGAAAUUGGAUACCCAACAUUAACUACAGCCAUGUGCACUGAUACAACAUGGUGGUGAAUUUUCCUUGCCUUUUAAUGAAGGCCCCUUCAGGCUAUUGCUAGUUGCGUUUUUAAUAAGUUCCCAACCGGUGCAGUUUUAGUUGUAUAGUUUAAAGCUUUGUUUGGGACUGCUUUCUUACUGCUUCUUAAAACUGCUUUUGAGUACAAAAUUUUUAACUUUUGUACUAAAAAGCCUAUUUUAAGAAGCAAAAAGAAAACCGUCCCAAAUGAAACCUAAGUGUAGACUCAAAUAUAUUGGCAAAACAGAAGGUUCCUCUUUCAUCAUGACAGACCCUUGUAUAAUUUGUAGUGCAGCUGUUGAAAUACUUAACUUUCUUCUAUUAGUCGUUUUCUAUGAUUCAUUAUUGUAAUGCUUGAGGCUUGAGGAUCUCAUUUGGAGAUUAUAUAAUAUCUCUACCCUUCUAGUU